UUUUUUUUUUGGGUUUUGCCUAAAGGCACUGAGUGGCGCCGAUCACUACAUCUAUCUCUUGAACUUAGCUCCUAUUCACAUUCUUCAUUCCCCUGAUCGAUCGUGUUGAAAGUAAAAAAAAAUUAUUCAGAGAUGGCUUCGUCUACUUUAAUUUGCGAUUCUGAGCCCUGGAAGGAUUUACAAGCUCAUGUUGAUGAUAUUAACAAGACUCAUUUGCGUGAUUUGAUGAAUGACACUAAUCGAUGCCAGUCAAUGAUGGUGGAGUUUGAUGGAAUUCUGUUGGAUUACUCGAGACAACGAGCUAACCUUGAUACGUUGAAUAAGCUCUUCAAUUUAGCUGAGGCAGCACGUGUCAAGGAGAAGAUUAAUCGGAUGUUCAAUGGAGAGCAUAUAAACAGCACAGAAAACAGAUCCGUUCUUCAUGUUGCAUUGCGUGCUCCAAGGGAUGCAGUCAUAAAUAGUGACGGGAAGAAUGUUGUCCCUGAGGUUUGGCAUGUUCUUGAUAAGAUCCGAGACUUCUCUGAGAGGGUUCGCAGUGGUGCCUGGGUUGGAGCCACUGGAAAAACAUUGAAAGAUGUUGUAGCUAUUGGUAUAGGUGGCAGUUUCUUAGGCCCUUUGUUCGUACACACAGCUCUUCAAGCAGAAGCGGAGGCUAUUGAGUGUGCAAGAGGGCGCCAGUUGCGAUUUCUUGCAAAUGUUGAUCCAAUUGAUGUAGCCAGAAAUAUAACAGGCUUGAAUCCUGAAACAACUCUAGUUGUGGUAGUCUCGAAGACGUUUACUACUGCCGAGACAAUGCUAAAUGCCCGUACAAUGAGGGAAUGGAUCUCUUCUGCAUUAGGACCUCAGGCAGUUGCAAAGCAUAUGGUUGCAGUUAGUACCAAUCUUAAGCUCGUAGAACAAUUUGGCAUUGAUCCAAAUAAUGCAUUCGCUUUCUGGGACUGGGUUGGAGGUCGAUAUAGUGUCUGCAGCGCAGUUGGAGUAUUGCCUCUUUCUCUGCAAUAUGGAUUUUCCAUUGUUGAGAAAUUUCUGAAGGGAGCUUCAAGUGUUGAUCAGCAUUUCUUCUCAGCCCCAUUUGAGAAAAAUAUACCUGUGCUUUUAGGCUUGCUGAGUGUGUGGAAUGUCUCAUUCCUUGGAUAUCCAGCAAGAGCAAUAUUACCCUAUUCUCAAGCAUUGGAGAAGUUGGCACCUCAUAUUCAACAGGUCAGUAUGGAGAGUAAUGGGAAAGGGGUGUCUAUUGAUGGUGUCCCUCUUCCUUACCAGACUGGUGAAAUUGAUUUUGGUGAACCAGGGACAAAUGGCCAACACAGCUUUUACCAAUUAAUUCACCAGGGAUUGUGUCAUUACGCGAAGAGCCUCUGUGGUGCUUUGGUUCUUCAUUUAAUUAUUUUUUGGGAUGUGGCGGUGGAAGGAUGUCAAUUUGGAGAUUCUAGGUUGGUUAGCGAGGAUGGUCCAAAACUCUUACAUACUCUCCAGCUCUGCAAGAAGAGUAACCACCUCCCCCUCAAACAACCACCCCAAAAGGGUCGUGUUAUUCCUUGUGAUUUUAUUGGUGUUGUUAAGAGUCAGCAACCUAUAUACCUGAAAGAUGAAGUGGUGAGUAACCAUGAUGAGCUCAUGUCGAACUUCUUUGCACAGCCAGAUGCCCUUGCUUAUGGGAAGACACCAGAGCAGUUGCAAAAGGAGAAUGUUCCUGAGCAUCUUGUUUCUCAUAAGACAUUUUCUGGAAAUCGACCUUCUCUAAGUAUACUACUUCCAUCAUUGAAUGCUUACAACAUUGGACAGUUACUGGCCAUCUACGAGCACAGAGUUGCAGUCCAAGGCUUUGUAUGGUGUAUCAAUUCUUUUGAUCAGUGGGGUGUGGAGUUAGGAAAGUCUCUAGCGACUCAAAUCAGAAAGCAACUUCAUGCUUCUCGUAAGAAAAAAGAAUCAGUUGAAGGCUUCAAUUUCAGCACCAAAAUGUUGAUAACAAGAUAUCUCAAGGCAAGUGCUGAUGUUCCUUCUGAUCCUUCAACUCUUCUACCAAAUAUAUAAGGAAUGUUAAGGAUCGGGUUUGAGGACCACGGUUUAACGGAGGCGUCAACUUCAGUACCAAGCAAAAAUGAACUAAUGUUAAAUAAACCAAUUUUGAAGUUACAUAAAAGUUUUGGUGUUAUAUGGCCACUCAUCUUGGCAAACAUAUCGCUGCAGUUGUAUCAAUAAAAUUCGAAAUCUAAAUAUUCUGUGCGUUUGUUUAUAUUUUUGUAAAAAUAAUGGUCUUU